AUGAGCCAAAGGUGUAAAAAAAUUUUCAAAACAUUAAAUUUACCAGUUCCUGCUAAAGAUAAAAGUGAUUGUUUGGACAAAAAAAGUACAAAAGAAAUGAGAGCUUCAUCGGAAUCACCAUUACCGGCAGACUAUUGUGAAGAAGAAAUGGACAAAUUACGAAAAAUUUUGACCGAAAAUAAAUCUGAAGAUCCAUUCAAUAAUACCAUUUUGAGCAAUGAAAUGAACGACCCCGAUGAUUUAAUUUUUGAUACAGAAGUUAUUCCUUUUCAACAAGAAAGUCUUAAUAUAUUGUUGCCUUCUCCGGCAACUUCAACUAUUAUCAACAACAUGGAUUCCACAACGUUAUCAGUGAAUUUGCUUUCUGUAUCUACAGCGGUGGUUAACUCACCAUUAUCCCCAUUAUUUGAAGACUUUAAGACGGAUAAUAUAGACGCAAAUCUCAAAAAACAAAUAAAUACAAGCACUCCGAUAAUUUCUCCUUCUUCUUCGAUAGAUUUAACAAUAACAGACUUGAAUGUGCCCUCAGUAUCUACAAUAAAUACCGUAAAUUCCCCAUUGCCUCCUAUACCUGAAGAAUCAAUAAAUAGUACUUAUUAUGCAGAUUCAGAAUCAAGCAAUUCUGAAACAGUCGUAUUAAAAAAAUGUAAAAAAAGGAAGUGUACGAAAAGGAAGGACAUAGGCAAGACUCGAAAAGUUCAUAAAAGCUCUUGGGAAGAUAAUAAAAGAAAAUCAUUAAAAAAUUUAGGACUUGGAUACAAAAGUCGAAACGGUGUGCUACGAUCAGCUCUAAAUAAACUUAGAGAUGGAGAUGGGAUUCUCAUCAAAGGAGAUGACAGAGGACGUCAUCACAAUCAUCGUGUAAUAAUUGAUGAAGAAAUGAAAAGAAGUGUUUGCGAUCAUGUAAAAUCUUUUGCACCCAUUGAAUCCCAUUAUACUCGCAAAGAUUCGUCAAAAUUAUAUUUAGAUAGCACACUUACUUACACUAAAAUGUUUAAAUUAUACAAUGAUUGGAUUGUACUUACUAAUGCAUAUUCUAAUAAAGCAAUGACCGUCAGACAAUAUACAGACAUUGUAAAUGACCAUUUUAACAUCGAAUUUCACCGCCCUAAAAAGGAUCAAUGUGACGAAUGUAUGGCAUACAAAAACUGCCUAAAACCAGUUGAAGAAACAACUCUUUUAAAAUAUGAUAAUCAUAUAAAAAACAAAGACAUAGCUAGGAGAUUAAAAAAUGAAGACAAAUUACGUGCCAUUAAUUCACCUAAUGAUACCAUUACAGCUGCUUUUGAUUUUCAAAAGGUUUUAUCAACACCUCACGCUGAAACUAGUGUACUAUAUUAUAAACGCAAGCUUUCUGUUUUUAAUUUUACUGUAUUUAAUAUGGGCAAAAAGAAUGGUAAAUGUUAUAUGUGGCACGAAGGCAUCGCAAAAAAAGGAGCCAACGAAGUGGCUAGCUGUUUAUACGAUUAUAUCAGAGAUAACUCAGAAAAAGGCAUCAAAUCUUUUUAUUUUUAUUCUGACAACUGUAGUGGACAAAAUAGAAAUAGAGUUGUGUUUGCUUUUUAUUUGUUUGCCGCCAAAAAAUUUAAUGUCAAUAUAGUCCAUCGAUUUUUGGAAAAAGGACAUACCCAGAAUGAAAAUGAUAGCAUUCAUGCCUUAAUAGAGCGUUGUGCCAAAAAUAAAACUAUAUAUACGCCUGAGCAAUGGUUUACUUUAGUCAGGUGGUCCAAAGAAAGUGGAUCUCCUUAUGAUGUUAGAGAAAUAAUAAGAAAUGACGUACUUAAUUUCAAAAGACUUCUGGAUGGUAAGAACUGGACCAAAAACGAAAAUAAUAAUAAAAUCUACUGGUCCAAAAUAAGGGAAGUACAAGUAAAUCCUUCAGAGCCUGAAGUGCUGAACUAUAAAAUUAAUUUAGAAGAAACUUCUUACACACGCAUGAUAGUUAGUAGAAGUCAAAAUAGGAGACGGCAAAAUACAAACAAUAUGGAAAUCAUACUUGAACCGGCAUAUGCUGGACCUAUCCCGAUACCUAUUCAAAAAUAUAACGAUUUAAAAUAUCUAUGUGAAAAUUCCAUAAUUCCAAGUCAAUAUCAUAGUUACUUUUAUUCAUUGCAGCCAGGUGACCAAGACAGCAGUGAAGAAGAUUAA